AUGUCAACAUUAUACAAGCCAUAUGUUCCCAACACAAAUGUUACGACUCGAACUUCAACUCCGGUCACGGAGUUCGACAUCCUGAAGGCCUCGCACAAGUUCCUACGAGAUGGCGCAGACGAUGAGGCCAGUACAUCAUGGAACGAUCAGCUAGCGCAGAAGUACUACGACAGUCUCUACCGCGAAUUCGCGAUUUGUGAUCUCAAGCAUUACAAGUCAGGAAACUUCACUCUUCGCUGGCGCACAGAAACAGAAGUUCUCUCUGGAACGGGCGAGACGACAUGCGCCAACACUCGAUGUCCCGAACACACCGCAUCUUCUACUUCACUUACGACUCUCGAGCUACCAUUUACAUAUGAAGAACACGGUCAAAAGAAAGAAGCCCUCGUGAAAGUCGUUCUGUGUUCGAAAUGCGUUCGCAAGAUCAUGUGGAAGAGGAAACACGAAAAGAGAAGGGAAGACCAGGGUGUAGAGGCUAAGACGGGCGAAAGUGAUAAAGUUGAGAUGCAUGAGGAUAGAAGAGCUCCAAAGUCCAGAAGCCGCUCGAAGGAUGUUGAGCGUCAUGACAUCGAUGAUGAGCGGUAUCGCACCCGACGAAGACGAAGCUCACGUUCGCAGUCUCCGCGAGCUCACAAACGGAAUCGGUGCGCUUCACCAACCCUAUUACAAACGAGGAAUAGUGGUAGCUAA